GAAGGGAGGGUGGGUGGUGCUGAAGGGACAGCUCCGACGCGGCCGCGGCGGCAGCCACAGACAGAUCGCCGAGCCCAGCAGCGGAGGAGCCACUGGUCCCCUCAGCGCUGGAGAAGCCUAGCGCAGCCAUGCCCCAGGCCGCCUACGGGGCAGCGGCAGCAGCAGCAGCAGCAGCGGCAGCGGUGGUGGCGGCGGCGGCGGCUGGAGCCGGGGUAGCCCGGCGAAGCCAGGGCUCUAGGUCCGCUGCUCCGGCGGGAAGAUGAAGCGGCAGAACGUGCGCACGCUGGCGCUGAUCGUCUGUACCUUCACCUACCUGCUGGUGGGCGCCGCUGUGUUCGACGCGCUCGAGUCGGAGCCCGAAACCACGGACCGGCAGCGACUAGAGCGAAAGCAGCUGGAGCUCCGGGCGCGCUACAACCUCAGUCAGGGCGGCUACGAGGAGCUGGAACGCGUGGUCCUGCUGCUCAAGCCACACAAGGCCGGCGUGCAGUGGCGCUUUGCGGGGUCCUUCUACUUCGCCAUCACAGUCAUCACCACCAUCGGCUAUGGUCACGCAGCCCCCAGCACAGAUGGUGGGAAGGUAUUCUGUAUGUUCUACGCCCUGCUGGGCAUCCCCCUCACGCUGGUUAUGUUCCAGAGCCUGGGUGAACGCAUCAACACCUUUGUGAAGUAUUUGCUGCACAGGGCCAAGAAGGGGCUGGGGAUGCGACGAUCAGAUGUCUCCAUGGCCAACAUGGUCAUCAUUGGCUUUUUCUCCUGCAUCAGCACGCUGUGUAUUGGAGCAGCCGCCUUCUCCUACUAUGAGCACUGGACUUUCUUCCAGGCCUAUUAUUACUGCUUCAUCACCCUGACUACCAUUGGUUUUGGGGACUACGUGGCCCUGCAGAAGGACCAGGCUCUGCAGACUCAGCCCCAGUACGUGGCCUUCAGUUUCGUGUACAUCCUCACGGGGCUGACGGUCAUCGGCGCCUUCCUCAACCUUGUGGUCCUACGCUUCAUGACGAUGAAUGCGGAGGAUGAGAAGCGGGACGCCGAGCACCGGGCCCUACUGACCCGCAACGGGCAGGCAGGAGGCAGCAUCCACACCACAGACACGGCGUCCUCCACCAUCGCUGGGAGUGGGGGCUUCCGCAAUGUCUAUGCUGAGGUGCUUCACUUCCAGUCCAUGUGCUCCUGCCUGUGGUACAAGAGUCGGGAGAAGCUACAAUAUUCCAUCCCCAUGAUCAUCCCCCGGGACCUGUCCACCUCUGACACCUGUGUGGAGCAGAGCCAGUCAUCCCCUGGGGGUGGCCGCUACAUCGACACUCCUUCUCACCGCUGCCUCUGCACAGCCCAGCGCUCAGCCAUCAGUUCUGUCUCCACUGGUCUGCACAGCCUGUCCACAUUCCGUGGCCUCAUGAAACGCCGCAGCUCAGUGUGACUGGGGGCUGGUUGUGGGUCAGGCUAAGAAGCCAACCCACGCACACAGGCCUAGGAAGGGAGGAGGGAGGGCAAGGGAGGGAUAGGAAACGAUGGGCCCGCAAAGGUCGGCUUCAAAUCAUCUAUUAAAGAAAUAAGCUCCGUGUCUCUAUGUGGACAGAGGCCGUAGAGUCUAUGUGCCCACAGUCUGGGUAGAUCUGCAGGCAUGGGCCCACAGGUUUGCUCACCUGCCAUUGGUUGGUAUAGGAGUAGGGGGUGGCCAGGCUUCUCCUAAGACCUCCAACUGUGCCUGCCCCAUCAACCUGCCCAGGGCCUAGGGCCUAUGCCUAGGGGCUUCUUGCAUCCCGGACCUUUCUAUACUCUCUCCAAGCUCUGAAAAAUUCCAAGAAAUGUGAAACUUGGUGGGGGAUGGGAACCAGAAGGGGUCCAAAGGGGAAACCUUCGAUAGCCUUGGAAAUUUGAGGAGCUAUGGGCCUGGCCCUUGAGUCUCAGCUGUUCUCAGAGGCCCAUCCACCCACCGCCCCCCUGGAAUGGGACUUCUCUGUGUUAAGUGUUUGUUUGCAUCUCUAUUUAUACCUCUCAGCAUUAGUGUCCUACAGUUGUCCUAACUGUGAAGUCCUUCCUUCCCUCCUUGUCUAGGGCCGGUGACUUUUUGCUGCCCCCACUCCCCAGUUUUCCCAGCUCCCCAUCACCUCUCUCCUGCUCACAAUCUCCCUACCCCAGGCCUUUUUUUAUAUUGUUUUUGCAUGGCUUCGCAAAGAGGGAAUGUACAGCAGAGAGGAGGCAGACAAGAGAGUAAUCAAAGGGAGUGUCUUCCGGUGCUUAUGUCGGAGACCCAAGCUAGGGUUUUUGAGUGGAAAAACUCAGUCCCAUUUCUCAUAGUGGAAGUGAUCCUCAUUUCAAUACCUUCUCAACCCCCAUACCCUGCCCAUCCCUUGCUGACUCUGCCAACCAUUUCUCCUGAAUCUUUGCCUGCUCUCCUGCCCCAAACACAUACGUCCUAUAUCCACAUGUCACCAAGGCUAUUUUGGAGCAAAACCCCAAAGAUUUCAUCCAGCUCCAGGGCCCUGGGACCUGACCACUGCUACCCUUCAAAGAGCAGGCGUCUACUGGCCAGUCAGCAAGGUUUCCCAAGGUCCCUCCUCAGGUCAGAACAGCACCUCUGUAGGCAUGGGUCCAUUGGGACCUCCGCAUCUGAAGCUGCCUGUGGAUCGGGGAGCCCUCAGCGAGGGGACCUUAGUGUCUUCCAGCUUUCUUGAGGCAGAACUCCUGAAAGAUCCCCAAACCUGCAAUCAAGGAAACAGGGGAGCAGAGAACAACAGAAAACAGAGUAGAGUCCACCUUGGGCCUCUUCCCUGGCACAGAGUCCUUUAUCCUUCUCUGCCUACUUCCUACCCCGAUUCCAAUGUGGCCGAGAAGGCCGUGGUAGCUUCUGAGCAGGAACACAGUACAAAGCCAGGAGAUUUAGUGGUUCAGGGAAUCAGAGAUCUGGGACUACAGGAGGGAUAGCAGUGGAAACCUGAAAAGGAGGCAGAUUCAUCAUUCUGUUGAUGUAGCCUUUGUCUGGUGGGCAGAGUUUGGUUCUGCCUUUGCCUAGGUGGACACAUCUGCUCCCUUUAGGUACAGAAUAGAUGCCCGUCUGCCCGCUGACAGGGGAGGAAAAAUUAUUCAAGCUCAAAAUAAGCUGCCAAACAGGGAGGGGAUGUGCCCCUCCCCAGUGUGGCUGGCCUCCCUGCGGCCUCCAAGUACUGCAGGCUUUUUCAGACAUAGUUGUCCCAAUCAGUACUUUACCCUUAGAAUAGAACAAAUCUCAGCGAAUGACAGCAGUGUUGUGUGGUGACUCAGGGCACCAGCAGGUAGGAGGAGACAGAGAUGGAGCGGUCUGCUGGCACCAACAAUGACCCAAGGCACUCACAUCUAAGCAGCAUGGAACCACAGGCAUGCUGCUGACCCUCCCCCCUCCCCAGGGCAGUUGGGAUAAAUCUGGCGCUGCCUGCCCAGCAGUGAGGCUUUGUUUUUCCCUUUCUUCUGCAGAUACCCCUCAGGCUGCAUGCUCCCCUUCUGCAUCUUCUCCUCCCUUUUGGUUAUGAUUGCCUCUCUCUUCACCACCAAUCCUAAUGUUGGAGCUCUUGGCUCCAGUGAUCAAGGCCUAGGUGUGCAUUGUCAUCCACAUUCACCUCUAUGGAAAUAUUAGGUGGGAUUUGCCCGAGGCUGCACAUCCAGUAGGGAUGGCCAUCAGAGGCUGAGGACUUAUUUCUUUCAAGUUUUUGACUAUAUAUAUUGGAAGAGGCUACUGGUCUGCUUGCUACCAUAGCCUGCCCCAAAGCCCCAGGGAAAGGAAAAGAGGCAAAAGCGAUGCCACAAUCCCCUGCCUCAACCCAGACAAUCUAGUACCAACAGGUGCCUCCAGGUGUGUAGGGAGGCAGGAGGAAAGCAUCAAUCAGGAAGUUGAAGGUGGUCCACAUGAGUCCCUCAGGUCCAUGCUUAGGGGAAAAAUAAAGCUUUUGUCCCAUCCCACAGUGCAGAGGGUCAGUCUCUGUGUGUGUAGUGACUGUUACCAGGCUGGUUAUCCACAUGCCUACAGAAGAAGCAAUAAUAGAUGGUGAGGAAAGGAUUGGGUGUCUGAUGGCUACACAAGGAGAUGCCCUUCCCUCCCGAGUACCCCUGCCUCUCCCUUUGUCUCAUCUGUAAAUCUGUAGGACUGGCUGUGUCCAUCCUGUGCAUAAUCCACAGGCCUAUCCUGUGAGAUACCCACAAGUCCUUGAAAGCUUCCAGUACUCCCCAGCAGCACAGCAGACAUGGAAAACACCUUGCUUUUCUACCAGGGAGGACCAGAUACAUAGGGCCAGCAAAUUAAGGGAAAUGAUGGGGAAAAGAAAAAAAAACAUGGGAAGGGGAGUGACUACAGAAUGCCAAGGGUCCUCAACCAGUAAUGAAAAAGACAUGGAUAAGUGACGGCACCUCUCUCCUGUCCCCCUGCCCCCUCUACCUCCCUCUCCUCAAACUCCUCUCUUUUUGCAGGUAGCCUCUCUGCUUCCCUGAUGCCUUAUCCCUAGGCACACUGCCAAUUAAAUAUGCAAUACAUGUGGGAAAAUCUCCCCCCCCCCAGUCUCUGAAACCACUGUCCUCCAGAGGGCUGGAGACUCACAGAGGCAUCCCCUCAACUCUCCCCACCUAUCCAUCUUCACACUAAGAAUGACAACUAAUAAAUUCUAUUCAUUCAGACCAG